AUGUCGGUGUUGAGCAAAGAAUCAGGUGGUGAUUUUAACAUUGGAUGUAUUGGUAAGGACGUCAAGAAUUAUUUGAAAAAUAAAAGAAGGAAAUUAUUUGAAGAGGGAGAUGCACAAAGGUUGUAUGUCUACUUUCUUGAUAGGCAAUGUAAAGAACCUGGGUUUGUGUAUUCCAUGCAAGUUGGUGAGAAUGGGUGUAUGGGAAGUUGCUUUUGGGCAGAUGCAAGAUCAAGGGCUGCGUAUCAAUAUUUUGGGGAUGUUGUCACCUUUGAUGCGACAUAUUUGACAAAUAUUUAUAAGAUGCCGUUUCUCCCAUUUUCAAUAGUUAAUCAUCAUCACCAAACAAUCAUGUUUGGUUGUGCAUUGUUAGUUAAUGAAACAGCUGAAUCAUAUAUUUGGCUACUGAGAACAUGGCAAGAGGCAAUGCUUGGGCGUGCCCCUUCAACCAUAAUUACUGAUGAUGACAAGGCGAUGGCGAAAGCCAUUGGUGUGGUAUUCCCAAAUACAACUCAUAGGUUGUGCCUAUGGCAUAUUUUACAAAAAUUCCUAGAACAUUUGGCACAUGUGUAUAACAAGUUUCCGGACUUUCAAAAAGAUUUCCGUCAUUGUAUCCAUGAGACAAUAACGACUGAUGAGUUUGAGCAAGAAUGGAGCUCAAUACUAGGGAAGUAUAGUCUACUAGAUAAUGAUUGGCUGCAAAAUCUUUACAACCGAUGGGAUAAGUGGGUUCCAGCUUACUUACAAACCACGUUUUGUGCCGGUAUGUCAACAUCUCAAAGGAGCGAAAGCAUGAAUAAAUUUUUUAAAGAUUGUGUUCGUUCAAGCACGAUGGUGAGUGAUUUUGUGCAUCAAUACGAGAAAGCCUUAGAUGCACGUUAUUUCAAGGAGAAAGAGAAGGACGUGCAAACAAAAUCGACACAGGCUGUUAUGAAAACUUUAUGGAAAAUUGAAGCAGAUGCAGCCUCAGUCUAUACAAGGAAGUCUUUCAUGAUCUUCCAGGAUGAGCUCUUUAAUAGCCAACGGUACAUUCCAAUCAAAGUUGGAAAAGAGGGCGAAAGAAGGAUAUACGGAAUCACACCGAAUGGCAAAGAGCAACCUAUUUAUCAUGUGACCUUGGAGAGUGGAGAUGCGAAGGCAAUAUGCACAUGCCAUAUGUUUGAGUUUGUGGGGAUUCUUUGUAGGCAUAUCCUAUGUGUCAUUGGGAAGAAAUCGAAAUUAGAUAUGUUGCCACAUCAUUAUAUUCUAGAGAAAUGGACCAUCAAUGCUAAGAGUUGGGCCAAUCUUGACAUACCAAAUUUUGAUGGCCAUGUAAUGACACACGAUGAUCCAAUGAUGAGAAAAAGCAAGUUGAUGAUGCAAUUCUAUGAUAUUGCCGAACUUGACUCACAAUCACCACAAAAAUACAACCAUCUCUCUCUUGCCUUAGACAAGGUCCACAAGGAGUUGCUCUUUAUGGAAGAUAUUGAGGGAGAAAAAAAUAUAGAAGGUGGAAAUAUGUCAUAG